GUCAAACGUGGCAUCAGUAGUUUCAUUCGCGAACAACCGGAUAAAUUCCACCGCCGUGCUCGGCGAGGCAUCCCAGCGGAAUAUCGGUGGACGGUGUGGAAGGCCUGUGUGUCCCAUGAUGAACGGUUCGUUCGUAACGUAUAUUGGAAACUCACGGGACUGGGCUCUGAGAAUGAGCAGUGGGGAAGAGCCAUAAAAAUCGAUGUGCCGAGAACCUUUCCGAGAGACCAAGCAGCUCGGAAUGGCUCUCAGAUGUCGGAGGUAUCUCUGUAUCGUAUCCUGGUGGCCUAUGCCAACCUCAAUCCGGAUGUAGGCUACUGUCAAGGGAUGAACUUCGUGGCAGGCUUGCUUUUGCUGGUCAGUGGAGAGGAGGAGGCCUUUUGGGUUUUUGUUUGCCUCAUGGAAUACGAUGGUCUCGCUGGAUUCUAUCGCGAGAACUUCCCACUGCUGGGUCGAUAUACUCAUGCGUUCGAUGAGCUUCUCGCUCGGGAGCUACCCGACCUGCGAGAUCACUUCACAGAAGAGGGUGUCCAACCAACUCUGUACAUUCAUCAGUGGUACCUGUCGUUAUUCAUAAACUGCCUACCACUCCAAACGGUAUUCGUUUUGUGGGAUGUUAUAGUCAGUGAUGGCCUACCGAUCAUUCUCAGUAUAUCUAUUGCAUUGUUGAAGGUCCUCCGUCCGGCUCUGAUGCAGAUGGAAUUCGAGGAUAUCGUAAGAUUCUUCAAAACGAUGAAGACAGGUAGGACCAAAUGA